AUGCCCGGCAAACAUGGAGCAGGUGCAGCCGAACAGCCUUGCAGGCGGUGCGCAGACAAGACUGCUGUUCUGGUAGUGAGAAGUGAGCCUCUCUGCCGUGACUGCUUCGUCAAAUAUGUCCACACCAAGGCUAUUAAACGAAUGGAAUCGCUCCGAGUCCGCUACUCGUCUCCAGCCCAGCAGCGGAAAAUUCUCUUGCCCGUCUCCUUUGGUGUUUCAUCCGUUACACUUCUGCACAUCCUCGAUCAUCAUCUCAAAACUCAAGCAUCAAAAACUGGCCGAACUGGAUUUUCACUGGCAGUUCUCUUCGUUGACACUUUGAGCCCUGCGGCCUCUGGCCCAAGCGACGAACUCUUAGCUCGUAUCCGGGGACGAUAUCCUGACCAUCAGUAUGCGUCGCUCCCUUUGCACGAUAUUUUUCGUCUAGUCCCUGAGGACAGCCCGCUUCUUGGGCUAAGUCCGAAGAUGGAAACGACGCCCGACCACUCUGCCUCAGACCGCCUUGCAGCAUUGAUAGGCUCACUCACGUCCGCUACCGCUCGCGCAGAUGUCACCUCAACUUUGAGGAUGAGGCUGGUCUUAGAGUAUGCGAAGUCUCUCGGCUGCGAGGGCAUCCUCUGGGGCGACAGCACGACUAAGCUUGCCGAGAAGACGCUCUCCGAAACGGCCAAAGGACGUGGAUUCUCUCUCCCAUGGCGGAUAGCAGAUGGCGAAUCUGCCUUCGGCAUUGCAUUCAACUACCCUUUGCGAGAUGUCCUCAAGAAAGAGCUCGUAGCCUACGCAAACAUGGUCGAACCCUCCCUCUCAUCACUCAUAUAUGAAAACUCUACCCCAUCUCCUCCGCCUUCCAUGAGUUCGAAGAACACUACCAUUGACGAUCUUAUGAGACAGUAUUUCGAGUCUGUCGAGGAGAACUUUCCAAGUAUUGUCUCAAAUGUGGUCCGAACUACUAGUAAGCUUGAAUCAACUUUCUUUCAGGGCACUGAUCGCCGCUGCCAUCUAUGCAACAUGCCCGUUCCAGAUGGACGGUUCGGUAUUUAUGGCUGGGGAGGAGAUCAACAAGACGGACUUAGUGAGCUGCCUGGGGACAGCGCUGCAAGAUUCUGUUAUGGAUGUACGCGAUCGGUGCCUCGGUGA